CAUUAUUUUUAAACACGGUAAAAGUUGACAUGUUUAUGUUCAGUACGAUGAGAGAUGUAACAUGGCGGGGGUUACGUUUAUUAAAAGUGGCCACGGCCAAAAUAAACUUAUGCGGUCAUUGGAACGAAUAUUAGAAGAAGCACAUUCGAGUGGAGAGCUUAGGUUGAUUGGAAGAAAAUUAAAGGAUUUUCCAAACAGCGGAGGAAAGUAUAAUCUCAGCGACACUGUUUUUGCAGAUUUAUCUAAAAAUCGUUUUGUAGAGCUUCCAGUGGAAAUAACAGAGUUCUACUUCCUCGAGAAGUUAUUAUUGUAUCAUAACAUUAUAAGAAAUAUCCCGGAUACUGUUGUAUACUUGCAGUGCCUCAGAUACCUGGAUCUCAGCCGCAACCAGCUGAGCGCGCUCCCGAGCGCGGUGUGCCAGCUGCCCCUGGAGGUGCUGCUGGUGGCCAACAACAGGCUGACUGCGCUGCCCAAGGAGGUCGGCCUCACCAGGACCCUGAUGGAGCUGGACGCCAGCUGCAACGAGGUGGCACUCCUGCCGCCCCAGCUGGGCGACCUGCCAGUCCUGCGGUCGCUCGACCUACGCCAGAACCUGCUGGCCGAGAUCCCCGUGGAAUUGAUGUACCUGAAGCUGGAGAGGCUAGACAUUAGCUGUAACAGGAUAGUAACAUUGCCAACAGAACUGCGUGGUAUGUCCUCGUUGGUGCACUUGGAGCUCAGUAACAACCCUUUGAUGUCCCCACCUGCAAGUCUGUGCAGGCGUGGUCGAGUGCAUGUCUUCAAGUUCCUAGAGAUAAAAGCCAUGAAGGAUGACAAGAAGCGAGGGUUUCUCAGUGACGAGUUGCGGAGGACGCACCGCGUCGCCGGCCACUUGUCUGAUCUCCGGCAGGCCAACGGCAUCUCUGCAGAGCCGCACCACAAGCGCUACACUGUGGACAGCGGCUACAGCACCUGCGAUGGCCUUGACAAGUUCCUCACCCAAGAUGUCAGGCCGGAGGAGGAGAGCAGAAUAACCAAGCGUGUGGUCGGCCAUGCCAGGCUGCCGUCGGACGCACGGAGCAACGGCAGUGUGAGUGGCUCAUCCACGCCGUCGACCAUCAGCCCCGGAGAGAGCGUCAGCAUGGAGGAUGAGUUGGACAAGGCAAUGCUGCUUCAGAGUCAGUUGGAGAAGAAACACAUAAAGAGAAUAUCUCCAGAUGAUAACACUACCUUGAAAUCUCAGAGUUUAAAGUCAAGUUUAAGGCCAGCAAACGAUGGUUUGGAACAUCUGAGGAACGGGAACGGUGUGUUGCCUUGUCACGAAGACUCGAAGAAGCCUUUGGAACAUAUCCAGACUUACAGGGAGUACAAAGAAGCCUUAAGACAGCAACGUUCACAGGACGUGUACAGACCCAGGCAGUCUGCGGAGUCGAGUACAAAUUACGAAGAAAGUACUCCAAUAGCCAGCAGUACACCACACGUCCAGAACAGGAUAGAUGCUUCAGUAACCCACGUAGGUCACAGUGCAAUCAGCGAGGACAGCUUUGUGAACAGUCGACCGGUCCAGAAAGUGACGCCGACGAGAAACUGUUCCUCUGUAACCUUCCAGGCCGCGCCUCUCGCGCAGGCGGACAGUCCGCUGCUCAACGGCAGCCGGAGCGACGGGCCAGCAGAGCCACUCCCGGGGGACUUGUUCGUGAAGCCGGGCUCCCCCACCAAGACCUCGACGGCCUGCUCGGGCCGCAUGUCCGGCCCGAAGCUGGUGACGGCGUCCGUCGGCUACGUUGCGCCCGUGCCGAGCGCGUGCCGGCUCGGCAGCGCGGGAUCAAGGUCACCGAAGCUCGGUCCCAGUAGGACGCGAGUAGCGUGGAACCAGGACAUCCCGCCAGAGAAACUCAGCUUCACGAUGAGGAGGGAGUUUGACAAGGCCCGCGAAGAGGCAGAACUGAUCGACCAACUGAGGAGUAUCAUUGAGACUCGACUGAAAAUGUCUCUUCCCGACGACAUGGCUCCUGCUCUUUCGGACGGCGUGGUCCUGUGCCACUUGGCAAAUCACGUGAGGCCUCGGUCGGUUGCAAGCAUCCACGUUCCUUCUCCUGCUGUGCCAAAACUCACAAUGGCGAGGUGUAGAAGAAAUGUAGAUAACUUCUUGGAAGCCUGCCGGAAGAUAGGAGUUGAAGAAGAGGACUUGUGUUCUUGUGAGGAUAUUGUCGGGGAGUUCAAAGCGAGCGCUGUGGGUCGCACCGUCGUGAAGCUAUUUGCGCUCGAGGGUUGGAAAGUGCACGGCCGCUCCGCCCGGGACCACAUAGUGUCCGUUCUCUGCCUCGCCUUCUUUAUCGGGACCGUGGUGCUUCUGUAUUUCUUCCCUCCUCCGCAGUGAAGCUCGGAGAAAAAAAAAUUGUCUACUGUUUAUUUGCCUAAGUGCUCAAUUAUUACUGAUUUCGGGCAAAAGUAGUUGCAUAUUGAUACAUUAUUUUUUUUAAUUUUUUUUUUUUAAAUGUGUGUUUGUAAAUUUAAUUGUCCGAAAUUCAAAAUGGUUUUUUGACUCUGUGCUCAAUUGUUAUUGAUUGUGGUCAACAGUAGUUGAAUAUUGACAAGUUACUGUUUUUUCAAAAUGUGUUUUUGUAAAUUUCAUUUUGGUUCAAAAUUCAAAAUGGUUUCUUAUUCAGCUAUCUCAUUACACACUUUGCAUCUUCAUAAAUUUUGAAAAAAAAAAUUAGACUCCUAAUAUUAAUUGUAAAUGCUUGUUUUGUACGUUUUAGCAAACACAUUUCACUUGAUGGCUUUUGAUAAUACUAUAUUUGGUAUAUUUCAAAGGUCAUGUAAUAAGUAAAUAGUGAAGUGAGAUAGCAAAAUGUUGCUCUACUUUAUUGUUCAGUGGGUAUAUAGUGAUAAGGAAGUGCAGCAAUUUUUCGUUCUUAAGGUAACAGAACCUCCAUAAAUAAUUUAAUAUAGCUAGCUAUACCUCUUUUUUCUUAAAGCAUUUAUUAACAAAAAUAAAAUGGUACCAAAGAAGUCAAAACUCAUGUAGCACUAUAAUUUAGAUGUGUAUAUAUGUGCAUUUUAUAUGUAAAUAUUUGUAAUGUUAAUUAAUUUAUUGUAAAUGUUUGAAUUAUCAUAUACAUUAAUAUGUAUGUAUAGAAUACAUAAUUUAAAAACUAAAAUUUACUAUUAGCCAGAUAAUUUACACAUAGCCCCCAAAUAACAAUUCUACCCAUGCGUUUUCAGUAUUUGCUGGCAUUAUGAUCAUGUAUGAAAGGGGGUGGGGGGAUGAUAUUCUGUAUCCGUGAUUGUUAUUGCAGCUUGCUAAUCUAGCAAAGGUUGUAGGUUCAAUCACAACUUCUCAGCCUGACUCAAAUUUCUUAGCACUUAGUCGGUACGUAAGAGGUCUGGAGCCCAUUAUAAUUGUGGAGGUCCGGUGCAGGUUUUUACAUAGCUGUUUAUAGUUGUACAUCCAUUUUAAUGAGGGAUUGGUUGCUUCUGAUUUGACUGGCAUAAUCCAUUCCUCCACAACAUUAUGUGUCUCUUGCCUUUAUUCCCAAAAUCUCUAGAGAUUGUUUAGGCACAAAGGAUCAAACAUGACCAAUUUACGAUCUGAGGAAAAAUAUAGGUCAAGCAUUAGUAAUAAAAAUAUAUAUCAACAAAGUGUGAAGAAAAAUUUUUACUUCUCUCAGAGGACCUAAAAAAUGUGAAAUUUUGUAAAGUAUGAAAACGUGGGGGUUUGAAAAUUUAUCUCUUGUUAUUUUAUUAGUGGUUAUUAACUAUUAAGUCAUUAGGCUAAUCGAAGAUUGGCUUACAAUCUAAACUAUUCUAAACUUAUACUUCGAAAUGCCACACACAACCAUGCCUAACCCGGGAAUCGAACCCAGGACUCCUGGAUCUACAUUUGACAUUUCAAAUAACUGCACUACAGAGGUCGGUGAAGGCAAAUUAUAGAAAAGUCAGGUAAGAAACAUGAAACUGUAGAUUGUACUGAGGUGAAAACAUAGACUCGACAAUUGGCAUUUUUGUUUAUGCGCCAUUUCAAAAUCUUUGUCUUGUAUUCUUGUACAAAACCUAGAUUUUUUUUUAAAUUUCUUAUUUUGAAAUUUUAAAAUUAUAUUUUCCUAAUUUCACUGAGCUUAACUAAACUAAAAAUGCUUCUUCCUGUGAUCAGAGCUAGCUUGAGUAGUGUCUGUCAGAGUUGAUUUAUUUAUUCUCUAUUUGGACAUCUUAUGACAUGUCCAGUCUCACAAAAUAGAUAAUACUUUAUUGUAUGUGUAUUCUUUAGUCCACUAGCAGUUAACAGUUUGAUCUAACUAAUUUUAAAAAGAAAAUAAUUAUUAUGGUAGUUGCAUUCAAUCUUACAAAGGGGUUCUCAGAAAUGUGUUUCCUCUUGGCAGUGGUGAUCCAUUAUGUACUUAAAUUGUUAAUUUUAAAAGAAAAUUUUAUAUUUCUAGUAAAACAAUAUGUACUAUACUUAUUUAAAUUGGUAAUGUUUCAUUUUGCAAAUAUUUAUUAUGUUAGUUUGCUAGUGUUGAAUUUUAAUACAGUUAGAAUUCAUUCUUCAUUCUUGAGAAAUUGUGGAAGUUAAUAACCUCACAAACAAAACCACACCAAGAAGUAAGUUUGUGUGGUUAAUUGUACAUCAUACUUUAUUGCUUAUCUCUAUUAUUAUAAAUCUUUAACAGAAAUGUGUCUGGUUGUCUGUCUGUUCGUUCGUUUGUUCGGGUAUCAAGCAAAAACUUCUGUUUUUGUGUUUAAAAGCUUAUGAUGGAUACAUAUUUUAUCUCACUACAAUGAUGGGAGCCAAUUUAAAAUGUGAAAGUUUGGAUGUUUAAAUGUUCGGUGUUUGAAUGUUUGUAUCAAUCACACCCGAACCAUUGAACAUAUAUGGAGGAAAUUUGAUAUACAGGUAGCUCAUAUCCUGGAUUAAUACACAGGAUACAUAAAGGCUACACAUAAUUAAUAAAUUACAUCCCUUAUGGAGUGAAAAAGGGGUAAAUUGAAUUGUAUAAUAUAAAAAUAAUAGGAGGAAGUCAUAGACAUACAAACUGAGGUUGUGUCAUUUCUCUAUAUCCAACACCUUAAGGUCUGGCAUCUUCCUAUCCUUCUCCUUGGCAAGACUUGUCUGUUAUGUGAAGCUCGUGGUGGCUAGCGAACUAACAACGCUAAGAACAGGUUAGUUUUGAACUUCGUCAAUAAAUGGUGUUGCCUUGAAUUCAUAACGUGCUAUCGUUUGGUGCAUCCGUCACGUCUUGCCUAGAGAUAACCCGCCUUCCCACAAACUGGAGAUGAAGGUUGGUUUCCCGGUUUUGCUGAAGCAACCUUGUUUUGAAUAUAUCGCAUACUUUUCUUACAAUGGGAAGAUAUCAGAAAAGCUUCUGGUUAUUAGCUAGGUUUUAAUAUUUAUGUUGGUUGGUAUACUUUUUCCUCUACUGUUAAGGUAUCCCAUUGAUAUAUUAUUUCAGAAAAAAAGGAGAGAAUAGAAGCACAAACUGCUUGCAGAACAAAUGUAAAUUUUGCUUCCUGUCAGUUUGGAAAUUUAUCUAGAUAUUGUUAUGUAAGUGCUGUAGUAUUUUACAGCUACCACUUUCAUGAAGUAUGGUAUGAUGGAUAUUUGCUAAAAGUUAAUUUGGUUUAUUUGUUUAGGUAUCAUCUGAUAGUAUUUGAAAUAAAGUAAUUUAUAUAUUUUUGAAGAAACAAUCCUUGCUGCACUUCUUUAGUGAGUUAGUCAUAAUAGGAUCACAUUCUGUAUUCUUGGGAUCUUUUGUACUUUUAGCCUUUUUGAUGUGUUUCUAAAGUGACCAUGUAUAAGUUGUAAGUUUGUUGUUUAGUAUUUAGUGUUAAGUCUGGUGUUACCUUUUCUAUGUAGAAGUCUUAAUUUUAUUUUUGGAAGUUUUUUUUAAGUCGGAUACAUAAUGUUUCUGUAACCAUGUUUUUUUCUUCUAAAAUACAUUUUAUCAUUAACUGUGUUAAGCUGAAGUAAGCUAUGUUAAUAGUAUUGAGAUAAAUUUAUCAUCUGGAGAUUUAUUUCAUUUUUACUAAGGAAUUAGUCAAUUUUAUUGUUAUAAUUGUUGUAGUGUAAAUGCUUGUUAAUUUAUUUUUUACUAUAGUUAAUUUGUGUGUAGAAAAAUUAUCUAUGUACAUGAGAAAAUAUGAGUACAGUGUUUCAUUGGACGAUUAUUUUGUACCAAACUCUACAAUUUAAAAUUAAAAUGUUAAUUUAGGAUUUCUUUAGUAUUACUUUAAAAUUCUAAGUCAAUUUUUUUACCAGGUAAAUGUAUUGUUUUUUGGCAACCAUAAAUUUCAGCAAUGCCAAUUUUAAGCAGAAAACAUCUUGCAGUCUGCCAACAAAUGCAUACAUUCAUGGUCUUUUUGCAACUGUUGUGAUUUCAUAAUUGUGUAUUGUUUCAUGAAAUAUCAGAAAAAAGUUUUCUUCGCAUUGCAUUCCUUGAUGAAUAAUUUCUAUUUUAAAAAAUAUAUCAAAUUAGUAUGUUAAAAGUAAUAAUGUGGUCACCAGACUUAACUGUAUAUUUAUUUUCUCAGUUUGAUUGUGAAUGUGUUGUACUUAAAUUGUUGCUAUUUUAUAACAGAUUAUCUUAAGUUUUUAUCAUUAAUCUUACAUGCUAUAAUGCUGUUCCUUUGAUUUUAGAUUUGAUGGUCCACUUUCACUUUGUUGUUUUUAUUCAGUAAAACCUUUAGCAAGAGGAUGAUUUAUGCAGAAAGUAAAAUUUUUAGUUGUUGGUUAAUUGUUAUUAUUUCUAUUAAAGUAAUUAUUUUUAUAGUAUUAUAGCUUCCUAUGGUAAUAGCAUGGGUAAUAUUUCUUAAAUGGUGGGGAAAUUUCGGAGAAUAUCAUGUAUGUCAGUGUAUAUUUUGAAUUUAUAACUUUAUUUUGAUUGCUCUGCCAAGGGUUGAUGUAGAAUGAAUUAGGAUUGUUGUACUUUAUGAUAUUGUUUUGUUAAAUUGCCUGCAUUGCCAACUUGGAGAUUAAACUUGCAAGCAAUUUUGGUGUAACACCAUACUUGAUGCCAAAAUCACUGAAAGUCUACAAGCACCUCACGAUUGCGUCAAACUCUUUGACAAAAAUAUUUUAUAAAAACUUAUGCAAUAUGUUAUGUUUGGGAAGAUUGAUAAUAGAAAUUUAUAUCCUGGGCAUUAUUCUAACAUUUAGAACUAUUAUUGAUACAAUACUAUCUGAUGUUGUAAUAUACCUAGCAUUGAAAUAAUAUCAAACUUGAAAAAUUGAACAUGUACAAGAGGGGACCAAAAAAAAAAAACCGGACUGAGAGUGUGCUGCCAUUCGUAGACAUAGUAGAGAGUUCACUUGCUAGAUGGGGUUAGUACCGUUUUUUAUUCCAUAAUAUUCAGACAUUUUAUAACAAAAUCAAGUUUGAGAAUUAGGGGUGCAACGUUUAUGCGAGAAAAAAAUUUGUUAGGUAAAGUUAUUCAUAAAAACAAAACCCAUUCAUGGAAAGUACGUUUAUUUAAAAAGUGAAGUAUAAAAGAGCACGCCAAACAAUUUAAAUUAAUAAGUCAUGCAACAAAAGCCUUUCUUCAACUUUAAAUAGAAAAACAAAGUUUGUGACCCGAAUGCGAGCCUGAACAAACGCAUAACUAUCAUCAUAGUACACACCACGAAAGAGUGCCGGCCAUCAGAUGUAGUUAAAUGGACACUCAACAGAUAGCGCGCGUUGCAUGCAAUCAGCGAGAUUUCGAUAUUCGACUACGUGUGCGCGCUCUAUAUGGGAAGCAACAUAAUCAAACAUGAAUGAUCCCAACUAGCGCUGGCUACAUUUUUAUAAGCGAUACACCGCGGCGACGCAGACAAUCAGAUAAAGGUUAUAACUUUUAAAAACGUCUUUAAAAGAAAAUUUACACAUCAGACAACUUCGUAUUUCCGUUAAUUAAAUAAGUGGUAAUAUCCUAAUAGAUAUUAGUUUUCUACUUUCAAAUGCAUCGAUUUAUACGGAAAAAAUACCUACACAAAGAGCUCUGAAUCUAAUAGCGGGACCAAAAAAAUCAUGCAACGAUCACACGAGAGGUUUUUUAUCCAAAUUUUGACGCUCUAAAUAUGGUUGCGACAAUUAUGCGCGUGCAACAAUUAUGCGAUAAAGAGGGUUGACACCUUCACUAAACAGCUGCCCAGGCGGCAUCAGUAUGUAAGUUAACAUUUUAUCGUAGUAUUGUUUUUCUCUUACUGUUUUUGUGUUCCGCCUGUGAAGACGUUUUGACAGAUUUAAAAGAACAAAGUGCAUGUUUGAAAUUUUGUUUCUUGCUAGAAAAAUCGGCAAUGGAAACUUACCAAAUGCUUUAACAUGCUUUCAAGGCGGAUGCUAUGAGCCGCACACAAGUUUUCAAGUGGUUUGGACUCUUUAAACGUGGUGAGAUGAGUGUUGAAGACCAUGCUUGUUUGGGCGCCCUUCCACAUCUCGAAACAAUGAAAAAGUUGAAAAAAUUAACCAGGAUUGUCAUUUCACGAUCGACAAAAUUUCAGAAGAGACAGGAAUGAGUUGGAGCUCGUGCCAGCGGAUUUUGACUGAGGAUUUUCAAAUGAGACAUGUUGCCGCUAAAUUUGUUUCGUCGCCUUCUCAAACAGUAUCAAAAAAACACUUUAUUGAAUUAGAGCCAGGACUUUAAAAAAGAGGUUGAAAGUGACCCAAACUUUUUGACCAAAGCCAUUAGGUACAGGUGAUGAGAGUUGGUGUUAUGGGUAUGACCCAGAAACCUUGCAAGCGUCAAGCCAGUGGAAGACUCCAAUCUCCCCCAGACCAAAAAAGCAAGACAAGUGAAGUCGAAUUUUAAGACAAUGAUCAUAUAUGUUUGUAGAAUUGUGCACCGGGAAUUUGUUCUCUCUGGCCAGACUGUUAACCAGCACAUUUAUUUGGAAGUUUUAACACAUUUUCGAGAGGAUGUGUGAGGAAACGCCCGGAACUUUGGCGAUCGGGUGACUGGUUCCUUCAUCACGACAAUGCCCCCGCACAUACGGCCUUUACGAGUGAACCAUUAUUUGGCCUCUCAGGGAUGGUCUGUCAUUCACCACCCCCUGUAUUCGCCAGACCUAACCCCAUGCGAGAAUGAAGAAAAAUCUAAAAGAGAAGCGAUUUGAUGUUUUUUUAAAAAGGUAAAUACAUUUUUUAUGACAAAAAUCCGUUUGUUUUUGGGUGCCCCCUUGUAUUAUAGCUAUAAUUAUGUCCACAUAUAUUCAGUUUAGCAUCACACCAAGCUUAAAAUUGUUUGCCAAAUACUUUGAUUUAUCUGCACAAAACACUAGGCAAAGGGACGCAUUAACUAUUUUGGAUAUAUAGCAUUCAAAAUUGUUUUGUGUUCCUACAAAUGUUAGAUAAAUUAAAUAUAUACGAUUGUAUUUCUUUAAUCUUUCCAAAACAAACCUCUAGACACAUAAGUUAUAAAUGAUCCCAGGCUAGUUAAAAUCAAUGAGCGUAUAGAAAGAGAUCUCCUAUCUGUCAGGAAUCUUUGGACUUAAGUAAGCAAGAUAGAGUGCAUAAAAUUGUAGACACAAAGUAUGUAUUAAAUCAAUAGUAAGGCUUUCAUGUGGUUGAAACUUUAGAGAAGAAAAGGUAAUUUUGUAUGCUACACCUAACAACACAUAAGUACCCUUUAAAAUUAAUACAUGGUAUGUACCAUGAGUUUACACUAAAUACCUGUUUGUUACUCUUCAUCGAUAAGCGUGAAAAAACGGAUCCCAAGUCUGUAAUUAUAUAAAAGGAUAUUGAAGUUCGAUGCUGCCAAACUAGUGUUUGCGAAGUCAACUACAAUGUCAGCUGCAUCUUUUGUCAUGCUGCAGAACAAUUAUCUCUUCUAAUCAAUGUAGUUAAGUUGUAGGCCAGGCACCUCUUGAAUGACUUUGUGCCUCGAAGAAAAGUUUAUAGUAUUUCACUCGUAGACACAAUCUUCUAGUACCCAUCAAAGUCUACGAGUAUGGUUGAAAUACAACAAACACUGACGCCUCUCAAAUAUUAGUGCGUAUUGAAUAAAUUGUGUGUUGUGAACAUAGUCAAUAAUUGAUGGUCACUGACUAAAUAUAUCUUCGAAGUCUCACUAAAUCUGGCGUUCAGAGUUUAACACGAAUAUCCAACUGAAACUUCACCAUCUAUUCGCAGAAUAAAAAUUAUUAAUUCUUCUUUUAAUUAAAAACUAGUUGAAUGUCACAUUUGGCUGUAAAAUUCAAUUAAAUACUUCGAUAUAAAUGGUACUAGCCAGUACUCAAUAUGACAUCUACACUAGCCUGAUAUUACACACAGCUCUCCUUGAAGACUCAAAACAUUCUACCUAAAAGAAUUUCUUAAUAUUUCUUUAAGGUAUAAAAAAAUAUUUUGAAAGCUGUUGAUUGCUGAAGUACAAAUGAACUUUGAUAGUAUUCAGUUAUGUAGUUCUUAGAGUAAUAUAUAAUUUCUCUGGUAAGAAGAUAAACUUGAAUUAAAUUGUCCCUCAUUACUCUAUGGAACUUACUUAUAUUGAUAUUGGUAAGAUUGCUUGUUUAGAAUCUCAGAUCUCUUAAAGAAGCAGUCAAGUGUACCUAAUUUGGUGGCCGUAUAAAUAUUUUGUGAGCAUUUUAUCUCAGGUUAAUUCGUGUUGAAUUUGAUUAUUGUAAAACUCUUAAACUUUAUCUAAAACUUUUGCUGAAACAAUUUUUGAUGAAAUAAACUAUUACCGUAAAAACAGUGGUUGAAAUUUAAAAAAAACUAAGUAUAAAAUUUUAUAUGACCACAUAUUAUGGAAGAAAAAUAUUGUUUAAAGGUCCAAAAUAAUUGCAUAACUAUCUUAGUAGUCAUAAUAUGACAUUGAUUAAGACAUUCGAUGCUGGAUGCAUUGAGUUGAAAACAUUAAAAUAUUUUUGCUGCGUGGAAUAUGACAAAAUGUUUAAUCAAUCAUUUUUGAACAUAUAGCGUACAUAUAUGAUGUUAUUAUAUACAUUAAGUUCUUAAAAUGUUCCAGGAGUUCGUAGAAGUUUCCAAAACAUUUCCAGAAGAAAUAGGUACUACAAAAUGUACCUAUGCCUGUAGGAUGUGUCAAAAGGAAUUUUUUCCCUGUCUUUCCCUAUUUUAUUUGUUUGAACCUUGUCUAACCAAAUAUUACUUACGAAAUAAAAUUGUCUGCAAUCAGCUAUCCAUAAUAUAUUUUGUUAUUGUACACAUUCUCUUAGGUUUUUGAAAAUUUUUGUAGCUCAGGUAUAAACAUUUUCACAUGAUCAUGGACACUAAUGAAUGUCCUUCACAAUGUGAAACCUUAACUGCAACAUACUUUAAUUUUGACUAUGAACCUUGGGUUCAGACACACAGUGAAUAAUUUUAUUCAGCUUAGGUGUAAUUAUGUAAUCCUGUUGUAUUUGUAUGCUGCUGUAAUUAUUUUAAGCUAAUUCUAAAGGAGUUAGUUUCCAUUAAACUUAUUAUUGAAUUAUCUAAACACCUGUGUCACCAUUUGCAACUGGUAAUAAAUGUUACAUCUUUGCUUCAAGUGAUUUGGUUGUAACAAACAAUAAAAUCAUGCAAUUGUAAUUAUUCUGCCAAAAAGUAGCUGUACCUAUAAAAUUACUUCUCUGUGUAAUUAAAACUUAAAGGAAUCUAACUCUUCAAGCUAUUUUGAAGUAGGUAUCAAUUAAAGAAAAACCUUAAUUGUGUAUUUUAUAUUUUAAAAAAAGUUUGUAUUGCAAACUUAACCUUAUCAAAUUUUAUUAAUGGUUAUUUUUACUGCUAUUUAUAUUUUGCUAUUUGUAAUAUGGAUUAUAUAAUUUUUUAUUUAAUUUUUAUGAUUACUGAAGACUUAGUCAUGCAAUUAAAAAAAUUUAGUGCUAAAUAUAAACUUUGAAAAGUAAUGAAAUUAAUGAGGAAGAACAAUGUUGGCUAAGAGUGCUUCCCUUUAAUUGUAUUAGUACACAUUUAUUUUUUAUUGUAAUAUCCGUAAUGACCUACAUGUUCUUAAGGGUAGUGAUCACUAAGGUUUCUAGUCUUGCAGCAUUGUUUGCGGCCUGCAGCCAAGCUCUGCUUUACCUCUUGCCCGCCAAUACUCUUUCCAUGUUCUUGACUUUCUGCAACACUUCCCUGGCUUUAUCCUUUUGUUCAUGGGCCAUAACUUCAUUGUAUUUACUUUUAAAAUCACAUUGAAGUUCGUUUUCUCACACUUUAAAAUAAAAUAUCUUACAUCCUAACAACUACUUAGUCUGCUGCACUAUCCAGUGGCAGAUACAGGCAUUUUUUCGAGAUGGUAUUUGAAAAAAAUAUAUCUAUAUAAUUUGUGAAUUUAAAAAAAAAUUGUAUGAACAAAGAGUUUGGACAUUUACAUUAUCAUUGUCAACAUGCAUCACUUCUAUGUGGUUUGUGACUCCAGGUAUUGAAACAGUCACCUUGCAUCAACCAAAAUAAUAUACUGCCUUCACCAAGAUCUCACAUGUUUUUUUCAUUACUUCGGGGCAGAUAUAUUUCCCCUAUUCCCUUCUCUCUCUCUCUGUUUACCACUGGAUCUAUUCAUCCAAGUUAUUUAGCCACCUCAUGCGCUAUGUAAUCAGAAUUAAUCUGCAACAUUUAAGCUUUUAUCUGUGUUAUGCAUAAACCCAUUUCUGUUCAGGUAUGCCUGUUAGUUUUAGAAAAUUGUUUUGUGUACAUUUCACUUAUUUCCAUAUGCUUAAAGUUCCUAAAUAUUCACUUUGCAGCUGUGAUCAGAACUAUUCUGGCAACUUGUGUCGCAUCAGUAUUUUCGUAGACAGCUAUUGGCUAUUACAUUGUGAAAGUGGACCUAAGUGAUAAAAAUACGCACAAGUUAUAACUUAGCAUAUAUAAAGUAUUUUUUCUGUUUAUUUUUUUAAUAUACAUUUUUUUUUUUGUUUUCAUGUUGAGUUUGUUUAUAAACAUUGAUUUAUCUCUUGUUUAUGUAAAAUUUUGUUGGGUAUUAGUGCAGCAACAUGAAUAUCUUGCUUUUGGCAGUAGGUAGUCACUAUCUCUUAAAUUUUGUUUUGUAUGUAGGACUAAGCAUUCUGUUUGUGUAUUAUGGUUUCUUCUUCUUAAAGUAUUUUGAGUAAGAAUUUGAACCAUACAACUUCGGAAAUCAGUAUUUCAUUGUGCUAAAUGGUACCAAAUUCAUACGUUAAGUACAAUUUGUUAGCUAGCACCAAAAAAAAAAGUAUUUUGAAGCUUUAUUUUAGGCAUUGUUAUUCUAGUCAUCACAAAUAAAACUGGUAAAUCUACGCACAUUUUAAUUGGUACAAAUGGAUGUAAUGAAUGCCAAAUAUGUAGCUGUCUGUUUACUAUGUAUGUGCAAUGUUUUUUAUGUUUCUUGUUAUUUGAUGUGUACGAUAUUUGUGGUAAAAAUCUUUUGUUGAGAGAUCCCAAGUUUGUAUGUUCUUUGUUCCUGUGAAGUAGUUUAAGAGGACAUGAUGAAUGACUGUCAAGCCUAUGUUGUAGUGAGAAAAUACUGUUUUGCAUUUGUGAUGUCUUCAGUACUUGUAUUUGUAAUGUGCAUAUUAUAACACUUCUCAUAAUAGUUGAUCAGCUCAACAUCACUUCACACUUGGGCCAUUAUAGGGGAUAAUUAGCUGGGGAAUCUCUUUCUGUCCUUUUUUUUCCACUCAUUCCACUCAUUAAGUUAGCUUUGAAGUAGUUGCAUUGGAAUUUGAAAAUUCUAAAAUCAUCUCCUUCUCUAGUUGAUGCUGAUAAUUAAGUGCAAUAACAAAGAGCAGUGUAAGGUUACUGUGAUGUAAACUGUGACAUGGUUAUGCAAAAAGUAAGCACAUUAAAUGAUGCCUUAGCUAAGUUUCUCUUAAAGUGAAUAAAUUAUAAAGCAUUUUAGAUAUGAAGACCUCUCUCAGCUGGUCUGGGGCCUACAGAGUUAUUUUUAAUGCUAAUGUGUACCAUGCAUGCCUAUAUACUUUUCUCGAACAUUGGAAAAGGGUCUGUUAGAAGUGUUACGGCCUGACAUUGAAGAACAGAAUUUAAACAUCCAUGUUUUUUUUUUCAGAUGAGCAAUGAAAUUGAAUAUUUACUGUGGUGUUUGGCCCAUUUAUAGUACAGUUACUAUUAUAAAUAUAUUCAUACAAGUUGAAAAUAUUAUUUUUUAACUAUAACUUUAAAAAUUUUAUUUUGUGCUUUAGUUCACCUUGUGAUAAUUUGAAGUUGUGUUAUAUGCAAAUUAAAGCUGAUUAUUUAUACAAACUUGCAUUGCAAACAGACAUACACUCAUUUUAGUAGUAUAAUUUUUGUGGUUCUUUAAAGAAAUUUAUGUAUUUCAUAUUAUUAGCAUGCAUUCUUGUAUAUACAUAGUCUGAAAAUGAAACAAAAUGUGAGCAUGUCUUUCAGUACUUAACAGGAAUGUGUAACAUUUAACCUCGGUAACGAGCAAAUUCAUAUGUUCUCCUAUUGCAAAUACAUUUAUAAUACGAAACUUUUACACAGAAUUUAACGUAGAAUUGUUAAAAAUAAUGCUGAGCGUGAUACAUACGCUAAUUCUGUUUCCAACUACAUUUCUGGACGUGAAUCACAUGUAGUUUGCGCACCCGCCGCUAGAACUCACUGCCGGAGCGAGCAGCUAUGUCGACUAUUGAAUUAUUCCAGUUGCAGAGCAAACUUUUAAACUGAAUGAAGUGGCUCCAAUAAAAGCGAAAAAGACUUGGUGGGGGGGGGGGGGGAACUAAACCCAGGCUUUAAAACUGAUUUUUGACUAGGAAUUUUAUUAAAAUGCUACCCAUCAUCUUAAAAUUCAUUAAACAGUUAUGUAGUACUAAAAAGUUUCCCUUUGUCUUUGUGAACUUUGGUUUGCAUUGUCCACCACCAAGGCAGCACUGUUGUUGUCAUACAUUUCCAUUCCUUGACUUCCGUUGCAUUCACUAAAUUACUCCCACCAAAUGGCUCUAUGCUGAGAGCUAACUUGUUGCACAUUAAUAAAUGACAUGUUUGGAAGUGAUAAAAACUGCAAUUAUUUUUAUGAUUAAACAGAAUUUCUGUUUUGGACAUUUUAGUUUUAACUGUUAGUAAUCGAUGCAUAAAAUUAUGUAUGUGCUACCCACCACUCUUGCCAUUUCUUUGUUUUUACCUUGAAAUUCAUUCAACUGCUGUAUGAUUAAGUUCUAAUUUGAGUUUAUGAGAGAUUGUGUUUGUAGUCUCUAUUACUUUAACUUCAUCAACCUUAUGUAGUUAUUUAAAAUGUACUGACUGGGUAGUACUGUAUGUUAAAUAGUAGUGGUGUUCCAAUAUAUAUAUUACUACUAAUCAUAACUGGCAAAUAUUCUAUUAAUCAUGAAUGGAGAUAUUUUAAUCAAUUAGUACUGAUUACUUGUUCGGUAAAAAAAAAUGAUGUCCAUCUGAUCUGUAAUAUAUUUUUUUUUUUUCAUGGAAAUUCCAGUUGGAAAUACGUAGUUUGAUUUAGAAACUACACUUUACCUACAAACUGUGUUAUUUAUGCCACUUUCAACUGCAGUUGAUUUUGUUUACUCGCUUAUACUUCACAUUGGGUGUGAAGGUAAAACAUGCCUCCUUUGUGCUUCUACUUUGGAAUUUUCACUCACGGUAAACAACUACGGUAGCAAUUUUAAAAAUAUGGCAAUACAUAUUUUUGACACAAAAGACUGAAUGAACUCGAUAGAAAACCCUCAUAUAUCUCCCAUAUACAACACUAUUAAAUGGUGCUGGAAUAAUUUUUGUCAUUUUUUAUUCAUAACGACAGCAGUGGCUUCUUUACUUCUACAGACCUCUAACCCAUUGUGCUUUUUAAUGAGAGUGACAGUAACAGACGUGCUGUUGACAUUCAAACUGCCGGCAUACAUUUUAGAGCCAUACAUAUACUUACCUGAAAUCUGAAUAUAAUUUUUAUUUUCUUUUAGAGAAAAUGAAAACUAGCAUUUUAAUACAGCCAAGAAACAGGCAACCAUCAACAAACCUACAUUCUAUCCAAUAUUCAGUUGCAGUGAAUUAUAAACUUUCUCAUAUUUAUUAGUAUAAUAUUUGCGCAGCUCAUAAAGGUGUGUAUAUGUAUGUGUGUGUGUAUGUAUGUGUAUGUAUGUGUAUGUAUGUGUGUGUAUAUAUAUAUAUAUACACACACACACACACACACAUAUAUAUAUAUAUGUGUGUGUGUGUGUGUGUGUGUUUGUAAACAUUAUGUGCCACUGAGUUGCAUGCAUUAACUGAAUCUGUAGUAGUCAUAUAUUGGUAAGCUACUUUCACCAUAAACCAUCAGUUAAAUGUAUUCAUCUUUUAAUGAAUAUAUAUUAAUAAUUCCUUAAAGCAUACAUAAAAUGCUGACUGAAAAUUUGAGAAAACUUUUUUUUUAAUAACAACUCUUAUGUAGUUCUAGCUGGGAUCCUGAUAUUUUUGAGAAAAUUAUUAAUGGUAAUGUCAUAUGUCAAAAUAAUUUUUAAUUUAAACAUGUACUUUUUAUUUGUUAGUUGUUAAUAGUCUGUGAUAAUCAAUUGUCCAAUCAGUUUCCAGGUAUAAGUUUAACAAUCUGUAAUAGUAUCGGUAAUCGGAACAGUCGUAUUGGUGCUUCAUUAUUAUGCAGGAAGUUUGGUAUGUUUAUUUCAAUCACCUAAUUUAUUUUUAAGAUUUUUAGUUCAGAAAAUAUUUACGCUUGCUGUAUGAAUUUAUGUCAAUGGUGUAGCGACUAAGCUGUUACCAUUGCUUACAAGAAACUCGACUGCAACAUCGGAGAACUUAUUUUAGCUACCGGUAGCUUUAUUUUCAAAAUAAAAAUAAUUUAUUUGAAAAUUUUUGAGGUGUUUAGUGACUAAUGAGUGUACCAGAUUUCCUGUGAAGGUGGGCUAUAGCAGGGGACGUCAGGAUGACCAGCCUUCAGUCCACUCUUGCAUCCAGCAGGCUGGACUUUCUCCAUUGUGACAUACCUUCUGCUGGUCAAGGCUUAGUGUUCAACCUCUUCGGCUCACAUUGCCAAGUGGAUUUCAACGCCAUUUAUAGCUAAUAUAAUUUUGUUUGGACAGAAGUAACCCCGAGUUGUGUACAGCAUCUCACUCUUAGAAUGCAGUGUGUAGUGUAGUCUCCCUUUCCAAUAGUACGUGCUCAGUUUCUGUUAGCGUGCUCCUGGUUUCGGAAUUCACUUUUGCAAGGUUGUGUAAUAUAUGUUUUUUUUGUUUAUGGUUAACAAAUUCUAAUAUCAACCAUACAUUAUGUGACCCUAAAGCAAUGGUUAAAUACCGCUGCUUAUAAAAAAAAACACUUUUGGAUGACAAUGGAAAAAAAAAAGUAUGUAGUAUGAACUCUCUGCAGGUUAUGAAAUAAAAUCUUAGUUUUAACCUGAGACAUAUACAGUAAGUUAUUUAACAUAAUGUUUGAAAAGACUCAUGGUUGCAUUUUUUCUUUAGAAUUUUCGAUGAGGAAUCAAAACAUUACAAACAAAUUUUAGGAUAAAUCAAACUAAUAUUUUAAUUAAUUAAUUGGGGAUAAACUUGUACAUAUUAUUCCUAUUAAUUCAGCAUUGUAGCUGUCAAUGCUAUAACUUAUGAUAGUGAGUGCUUUCUACUAUCAGAAUACAAGGCAGUGGUGAAUUUCAAGCCGUCUGCUGAACAGCAGUGAAUUGUUUGUCUUUUCUUAUGUGCGCCUAGUCAGGGGUGUAGUUGUGAUAGUGAGGUGGAAUGAUAAGUGUGACGCUUGCGGGUGCUUCUAGCUUGGUAUCGCCUCUAAGCGCAAGGCUCUGAACUGGCACGCAAUCUUUUCAUCGUGCGUAGGGCAGCUACGAAAUUUGAACGGUCACGAUAACUUUGGUGGAGAUAUGAAGAUAAAGGUGUAAUACAGGGCCCUUGUGUGGUUUCAAGGAUAUGUUCCGAACAUUUGUGCAUAAAAAUUAUUCUUGAAAAUACAUCUUUCAGUCCUCUUCACUUUCCUAAAAAUACAGUCUAAUACGGAAACAGAACUAACCAUCUUUCCUCAGUGUAUUCUCAAAUGCUUUUCGUGAACAGACAUCAUGUGAAUGUCUUGAACAGUUUUCAAAUCGCGUGGUAUUUUUCUGAAGCUCUGCACACCAUAUAUGUCCCCGGGUAGGUGGACCCAUCAAUGUAAACAGUUAGAAGCUGCCUAGUGCAGGCCAUUUCCUUUGCAUUUUAUUUCUUAAUCUACCAACAACCUUCCACUGUAAGUUUUUUGGUGUGAUGGUUUGUAUUGAUUGGUAGCUAAACCAAGAUGUGAAAAUUUUGAGAUGUAUAUAGUGUUUACAAAUAUUAUUUGUAUUACUAUUCAGGUUCACUAAAUACAGUGUAGAUAUUGGAUGCUGUGAGAAAGACAGCAGGCAGUAAACUAGACAGCAAAGGAAGUUUUUGGAGCAACGACUGUUCCUAAAGAACACUUGUACACUGUUGUAAAGAAUUAAAAACAACAUAAUACUUAAAAAAAGUAAAAUAGAAAAAUGAAGAGAGAAAAUGUUACUGAGAGCAAGUUACUAAUUGAAUUGUACAGGGUGGAUUAUGGUGUAUUCCUCUCAUCCUAUUGCUUUGUAAUAUUUCCACCUUUUUAAUUGAAAUUUUAUCUUAAGCAAAGUUUUGGAUAAACUGGUAUGUACAUACCCAUUAAUUCAGCAAAGGGUGACUUCUUAAUGUGAUACAUCAGUAUAAUAACAAUGCUCACAAUUUACUCAACUGUCAGAUUAAAGGGAGAUGCUUUAUAGUAGAACUGAAUGUGGUAUGUAUUUAUAUGCUAUUUAGUUGAGAGUUACAUGUAACUGUCAUAAUGUUUUAGUGCUUUAUGUGAAGUUUGUAAAACUAAAUAAACUAUAACUUUUUGUGCGAUAAGGGUCAAGAAGAUUACAAAUUUAAGCAAAAAAAGAGUUAAUUUUUAUAAAGUGCUGAUCGUAUGAGGGUUUUCAUUCUUGCAUAUUUUCUCAUGGUCACUUUGAUGUAGAACAUAAACAGAUCUUUCAUUGUUUAACAUGCACACCAGUAGUGCUGAGCAGACAGACUCAACAUGGAUUAACGUUCACAAUUACCCACAAUUAUUUUUUUUUUUCUUUCUGGUUAUUAAGACCAUCAGUCUUUGGUGUGAAAUUGUUUGUAAGCUUUGGUGAUUUGAACAAAAUGAGAAAACUUGAACAGCAAGAGAAAUGUAGGGGUUAUAUUAAAGUAUAUAUUUUUAUAUUUGCAAUUAACUUUUAUAGUUUCAUCAUUAAUAUAUUUUUAAAUAUUUGGUCAUAAAUUUCUGAAAUACUUAUAUACAUACACAGUAAUUUCCUUUUACAAAGUUUCUCUAGGUAUUAUUUUGUGGGGUUAUUUUAAUAGGGCUUUACUGUAUAUUAUACAUAAGUUUUGCCUGUUGGUGUAUUUUAAAGCUAUCUUAUGUUUAAGCAGUUGCACAGUAAAAUUUUAAUUUGUUUUGAAUACACACCUAGAUUUGGUUCUCAAAACUUGCGUAUUUUUUGUGCAUGUUCAUAUUUAUAUAUUUUUGACUACUAUUUGUAUGUAGCACUGGAAAUUGUAGACCUCUGAGAAGAAAGGAAGUGUUUUAUUGCAUGCACAAAUUUUGGCACAGCUUACACCGUUGGUGAGUCUCUGAUGUGAUUGGCUCUUCAGAUUUUUCCUCUGUCUGCUCAGCAAAUGCUGUGUGUGUGUUGAAUUGUGGGUUAUUCGUGAUGAGCUUCACUCAUACAAUACCCAGGAUGUAGCAGUCUUUUUAUUUUCUUAAAUAAUUGGGUUCUGAUAGGACACUUAUCGUUUAGAGUAAAAAAACAACAUUGAAAUAUGUUUUGCCAUGGUGCAGAAAAUUGUUGCAAAAUGGACAAAAAACCACUUAAAAAAGCUAUUUAAAUUUUGUCAUUUUAUAAUUACUAAUUUACUGCAAAAGGGGUUACCUGUGUGUGUUUGAUUAUUGUUUCAAAACACUGUACAUUUUGCUCAAAUGUGACAUAGUCUUCAGUAAUGGAGUUUUUAGAAGUGAACAAACAUUGUGUAAGAGUGAAUGUGAAUAAUGUGGCAAAUGAUAUAUUCGUGAUAAUAUGUCUUAUUAUUCUCUAUAUAUCUAUGUAUCUUUUUAUAAAUGAAUUUAUAUGAAAUAUUUUAGAAGAGAAAACGUGAUUGUUUAUGUUAUAUGGAGUAUUUUUCCAUUUAUAUGCUUGCAUAUACAUGCAUAUCUACAGUAUAGUAUAUACAUAUACUGUAAAUUGUGUUAUCACUGCUUGCAAUGUUAUGGUCAGCAUUAUUUUGUAUUUUAAAACAGUGUUUAUUUAGUACAGUGUUUUGAGUAUCAGCUUUUAUUUAAUUACGUUUAGAAAUAUUCAUACAAAAACUGUAAAUGCAUUUACUGCUCUCCACAUUUUUUUUUUAUAAAUGCAUUUGUAUUUCUUUAUUUGAUUUGAAAUAUAUGAUGUGAUUCAAAAA